GACAGUACUCCUCGCCAUGCAACCGAUGGAAGAGCUUCAGCCUGGCCAACUUGCCAUCCUAGAAGUUGGCAAUCACUGCUAAUGCGAUUAAUGGGAAGGAUAAAACAAGAUCCCAAUCCUCCCGGUGUUGAGAAUUUCCUUUUCGUCAACGCACUGAACGGUAGGUACCGUGCGGGUUUUUACCGGCUAUUAAUCAACCAACGUUGCAACGCCCGACGCUCCUGCAUUUUCAUUUUCAGCACCACCUCUUCCACGUAGAAAUAUCCUGCGUCCAUACUCACUGUGUCUACGUCUAUCUUCUCGAAUUAUCUCAGCAGCCACAAUGUUUGGCUCUCCGCCUGCCCCUACCACCGUGAGCCUCGUCUUGUUCGGCUUCAAAAUUGUUCUUGCAGCCAUAUCAAGGCUCCUCACAGCUCCCUUGCGCUGGCUCCAUUGGAACGGCGCUCCCGUCUUGUAUCGAGAUAUCUUCUUUGCCGCUAUCCGCGCUAUGCUCUCUAAUUUCACCAUUACCGUGUCUCGAUAUUUGGGAAUGACUACGACGCAAGUGUAUGAAAACUUCUGUAAAGAAGUACACCAGGAGCCCAAGACAAUAAACUUGACGGAGAAUGACGUGACAGCGCAUUGGAUGGGCAAGCCAGAUGCUACCAGAGUGAUUCUCUACCUCCAUGGCGGUGGAUAUACCCAGUCAUGUUCACCUCAACACCUGGAAUAUCUUCAUCGUCUAGUCACGGAUCUCAACACGUCAGAUAGUACGACAUCUGUCUCUAUCCUGCUUCUUGCCUACACUCUGGCUCCCGAAGCCCAAUUUCCAACCCAACUCCGACAAGCUUCCGCUGUGCUUUCAUAUUUGUUGAAUGAGGGGAAGUCGCCAAGCGAUAUCCUAAUUGCUGGAGACUCAGCUGGUGGCGGCCUCGCCUUGUCUCUGCUCUCUCAUCUCCUCCAUCCACACUUAGACAUCCCCAAGAUACAACUCCUAGAGCCACUACGAGGUGCUUUCCUGUACAGUCCUUGGGUCAGCUUUGACACAACUCAUGACAGCUUCGAAAGAAAUGCCCAAAAGGAUGUCCUGGUGCCAAACAUGCUCCGAAAAUGGGGAGGAAUGUACCUGGGAACUGUUGAUGGAGAGACGGAUCCUGGUAUUACAACAGGCGGCAACAACUAUAGUGAGCCUCUACUCAGCAAUGCGUCCUGGUGGCGAGGUAUGAACAACGUCGUCCGUGAUAUCUGGAUCUUCGCUGGUAACGAUGAAGUUUUUGCUGAUUCUCUUCAUGCAUUUGGGGUGAAACUUCGUGAUGGAUGGAAGGAUGGCGGUGGGGCGGAAGAGAAUGUCGUCUUGGAGUUCGGCGAGGACGAGGCACACAUUGGACCGAUUCUAGAUGUCAUGCUGCAAUACAAGGAGAAAAGCGGGACACAGCUGGGUCUUGAAAAAUGGCUCAAGGAAUGUGUCGCAUAGUGGUCGCAUGAUUCCGGCAUAACCACGGUCUUCAUUCAACGGCCAUAUGUUCAUGCUUCUUUGGUCGUUCGCGUUGACAUUUUCUGCAGUAAUCAAACACAUCCCUUUACACAAUGUAUCUUGAUCGUGAACUGGUCUCUAAUUCUCCUUAGUUGUAUUUUUUAUGUAUUGAAACUCUUGACUGUGAAAACUCCAUCUUGUUCGUGAGAUCUGGAGCAUCUCUUCUUCACAUCUACAUCAGCUCGUCAAGAACAUUCUCGAGAGAUCGAAAACUUUUGAUUCAGGUCAUAGAUGACUGGCUAGGAG